AAGAUUUGUCCAAGCAAAAAUAUAACAUGAUUAAUGAUGAAUAUAAACGAGUAGCCUAGGAAUGUAAGAAUAAAAUUGAUGACUCUAAAUAACAAAAUAAGUUUCAAUUUACAAAGCACAAGAAAAGAAUCAGUGAAAGGGUCCAAACUCUGAGUAAGAGGAGGCACAAAGGGAUAGGUCCAUUACCUAGAUGUUAUUAAAUAAGAAAGGAGAACAAGUAACAGACUUUCAAAGACUGAUUCUUUACUUCAUACAUUGUAAAAGAGAUAUAUUGUGACCUGCUCCUUUCAUAAAAUUAAUCUUAUACAGGAAAUAAGAGUGGAACCAAAGCACAGAAAAGAAUAGCCUAAGGAAUCUUAAUAUAGAUGUGCUCAAGUGGCAAAUCCUAAUAAAAUUCAUCCUAGAAUGAUUGAGGAAUUAGGCACCACUGAUUUUAUUUAUUUAUUUAAUAUCCCAGAGGGUGAAAAUAGCCAGCAAAAUGGGUUUGUACAUGCCUGGUUUUGUGCCUGUUUAUUCUUCUGUUAAGAGAAUUAUUGAAGAUGUCAGUUUUGAUUCCAGAUAAAGGUUUAGGAGUAAAUAGUUUAGCAAUUAAUUUGUAUCUAAUAAUGGGUAGAAGAGAGAUUGUAAAACAGCCAGUAUGGUUUGAUGAGACCUGUUUGUAAGAAACCUCAGCCUGUUUCUCCUUUUAAAGAGGAUCACAAGUUAGUAAGAGGAAAACUUAAAGUAAAAUACAGCUUGAUUUUAAUAAAGUCUUUUUCCCUACAUAGAUAAACUAGGGAAAUGUAAUAUCAAUGCUAUCUCCAUUAGAUGCUGAUAUUAUCAGUAUCACGUUUAAAAGUUGCUUCUUCUGGGUAAUUAUCUAUAGUGCUCUGUCAAGAUGAAAAGGCAUUAAUGAGUUGGAUGAUGGAAGAGAACACAUACUUAGAAAUGUUACUCAGGAUAGUAGCCAGAGAGGGGGUUAAAAUUUGUUUAUUUUUUUACUUUGUUUUCAACAUAAGAUAUGAAUCCAGAAAACUCUUGAUGGGUUUGAAGAAAAUAUCUACAAUCAACAAGAUGAAAAGCAGUGCAGGCAAGUAUGAAGCACUGCAUUUAACAGGACAAACUCAAAUACAUGAAUCUAAACCAGGAAAUAAUUAUUCAGAGAGAAAAGCGACAGAAAAAGAUAAGAAGAUAUACUAGAUCUCAAGAAAGUUUUUUUCUCUGAAGAAAUGGCCUCCAGCACUGGAAAUGGAAAGGGCGUGAAUCCUGUGCUCAGAAUAAGUCAACUUGAUGCUCUUGAACUAAACAAAGCCCUGGAACAACUCGUGUGGUCCCAGUUUACCAACUGUUUUCAUGGAUUUAAACCAGGGGUGUUGGCUCACUUUGAACCAGAAGUAAAAACAUUUUUAUGUCUUAUAUUAUGGAGAUUCACAAUCUAUUCCAAGAAUGCAACUGUGGGACAGACUAUUCUGAAUAUUCAGUAUAAGAAUAACUUAUCUCAGGCAGAGAAAUACCAACCUCUGAGCAAACACCAGAAGUUAUGGUAUCUUAUUUUCACUGUUGGUGGAAGAUGGUUAGAAGAAAGAUGUUAUGAUUUAUUUAGCAAUCGUCAACAACAAUCUUUCUCCAGAAUUAAGAGCUAUAUUAGCUUUGGAGCUGGACUUCUAAAACUUUGUGGACUUGUAAAUUUUCUGAUUUUUCUUCGGAAAGGAACAUUUGCAACACUUACAGAACGCAUUCUAGGAAUUAGGUCAGUUUUUUGCAAGCCGCAAAGUGUUCGUCAGGUAGGAUUUGAAUACAUGAACAGGGAGCUCUUGUGGCAUGGCUUUGCUGAAUUUCUGAUUUAUCUGCUGCCACUUAUUAAUGUACAGAAACUGAAACUUAAGAUUUCUUCUUGGUGUUUGCCUAUUGCAGGUCUUUCCAAUAGUGAAAACACAUUAGCAGACCACUGCAGGGAAUGUUCUCUGUGUGGGGAAUGGCCUACCAUGCCUCAUACCAUAGGCUGUCCACAUGUUUUUUGUUACUACUGUAUUAAAAGUAACUACUUAUUUGAUAUGUAUUUUACAUGUCCUAAAUGUGGCUCAGAGGUACACACUCUUCAACCACUGAAGUACAAAAUUGAAAUGACAGAAUUGCAUGUCUGAUAUGCAGUUGAUUUAGUUUUAUACAAUAUGUGAAAUAUAUUGAAGAGAAUAAUGGAAGAAUUCAGAGGCUAUUGGAAGCGUAAAGAUGGUUUUGAAGACUCUGUAGUUUGUCGUAACAUGUAUUUUUACUGCUCUUAGGUUUUUU